GGGGACCCGUAGAGGCGGGGCGUCCAGAGGAAAGGGCUGCCGCGCCGCAACCUCGCGCUUCCUGCGGGGUCGUUCGGGACGGAGAAGGGCCGCCGCCAUGUUCCGCCUCGAAGGGCUGGGGCCCAAGGUGGACCCGGAGGAGCUGAAGCGGAAGAUGCGCGAGGACGUCCUCUCCUCGGUCCGCACCUUCCUUAUUUACGUGGCGGUGCUUCGUCUCGCUCCGUACUUAUUAAAGAAGCUGGACAGCAUAUGAGAAGUGUUCCAUGGAUGGCCUGUGUUGAAGAACAAGCUGGACUGUAGGUGUUUUCCUUAUUCAAAGGGAGCAAGUUUCAUCAAACGGAUCCAAACAUUUCAUACAGCAACAGGGAAACUGGAGAAUACUGGAAAAGAAUGAUAACUCUUCCCACUUUGGAGCAGGCCUCUGUUCUGUCCGUGUGUCAGAAUGAAGCUUCUUUAUGCAGAUAUUAAAAUGUGUCUGGUUUAAAAAUCUUAUCAACCCUGGGAAAAUACUAAACAAAGUGCUUUCCAAUAGAGUGACCUGUGAAUUGUCACAGUGAUGUUGUUGUCACUUGACUGUUCUAAUUGUGUGUCUUGAAGACUCGUGUGAGGUUUGAAUGGUUGAAAUAAAACGGACCACCUGUUCUGAAAUCA